GAGAUAAUUGUGAGGAAAUCGCAGCUAGAAAUGUCACCAGAGUUCUAAUUAUCAUAUUUACAAGAUUGAAGAGAGGGCCUUGAUUCAAAAAAAAAAAAAAAAAAAAGAAAAACAUGAAAAAUCUACAGCGUACACUUAGAGCUUGUAUAUCUGAGUGCACUCUACAAUAAUGCGCGUGCUAGAUAGCGCGUAAAAUGUGAGUCGAAAAAUAGAAGGCGACGAGUUAAGUCUCGAACGGUCUCGUAUAAAACCGGAGCGUGCGCCGCGAACUUGAUUUACAAGAGGCCGAUUAAAACAGUCGCCGAGUCAGGCCCCUUUUACUCGCGGAAGCUGGAGCCGCACUGACUCUUUCGAUCUCAGUCAGUGGACCAGCUCGACUAAAAAUUCUCUCCACACCUGAGCCCCCAACUUUAUUAUUCCCAGUAAUCGAAAAUUUAUCCCAAAAAGUGUUAACACUCAAUAGACUUCAGUACAUCGUUAAAAAAUUCGCCAGGAAAUUAAAAGCACCAAGAAAUCGAAACAUUAAAACCAUCAAGAAAUUAAGAAAUCGAGAAAUCAAGAAAUUAAGAAAACAAGAUAUCAAGAAAUUAAGAUUUUAAGCUAUCAAGAAAUCAAGAAAUCGUCUUCAAAAGAAAAAUAUCCUCCAAUCGACUGUGAAUUAUAAACUGACUGGAAGCAGUAUUCAAAAGAUCGUCAACAGCAAAGUGAUCUUGGGGAAAAGAAUUGUUGAACCGUGAAUUGCAAACUAACGCAACUACCCAAAGAUCGAAAGAAGUAAACCACUAUUUACUCCCACCAUCACCACCAAGAACCGAAUGAUCAAAGUGUAAAAUAUCUAGCCAAUCUCAAUCAAUUUCAUUUCCGGGAAUUGUUUGCUGCCCUUGAAUAGUAUAAAAGCAGUUGGAAUUCAUUCAGUCAAGAUGCCAACCAUCAGAUGGAUAGUAACGGGGUGCCAAAUAACGGGGAGUGUUCGUUGUUCACGUUUUUCGAGAUACCCCACACCUAACAUUGGGGUGCGAAAAUUUUCUGGAAUUGUCAAUUCAAAUAAAUGUACCCGAUACAUUUGUGAGCCUCAAGGUAUCAACAGGGUGACGAGGAGCAAGAAGAAUUUUUCCAUAUUUUCCACAACUCAAAUUAAUACAAUGCCUGCCUCCAUCGAUUCAUUUUAUCCACAAGUUACGAGUCUUCUGACAACACACGCAGCUAAAAGUCCGUUAACGAAAAACGACUAUUACGAGCAAAUAGGAGGAGUACCGAUUAUAAGCCACAUUAAUAAUCCACUAUCACCGAAACUAAGAGCCUAUAUUGAAGAAUGUGUCAAAUUAUGUCAACCGGACGACGUUUACAUUUGCGAUGGAAGUGAAGCUGAAAAUAAUCACAUGAUUAAUCUACUUGUAAAAAAAGGGACCAUUGAAUCACUGCCAAAAUACUUCAACUGCUGGUUAGCAAGAACAAAUCCAGCCGAUGUUGCCCGAGUGGAGAGUCGUACCUUCAUUUGUACCAAUUCAAAAAAUGAGACCAUUCCCACGCCGAGAAAUGGAAUCAAGGGAACACUGGGAAAUUGGAUCUCGCCCAACGAUAUGGAGGAUGCUGUAAUGGAUCGCUUUCCAGGAUGUAUGAAAGGUCGCACCAUGUACGUGAUACCAUUCAGCAUGGGACCAGUUGGUUCUCCGCUAUCGAAAAUUGGCAUCGAAAUAACCGACUCGGCCUACGUCGUGUGCUCCAUGAGAAUCAUGACCAGAAUGGGUUCUCAAGUUUUGGACUUUCUGGGCAAGGGGGACUUCGUCAAGUGUCUCCACUCUGUGGGAAUGCCAAAAUUAGAUUCCAAAGUCAAGGUGAAUCUCUCCUGGCCCUGUGAUCCCGAGAGGACAAUAAUUCUCCACAAACCAGCCAAGAACGAAAUCGUCUCCUAUGGUAGUGGCUACGGAGGGAAUUCACUUUUGGGCAAAAAAUGCUUUGCACUCAGAAUAGGUUCCACCAUUGCCAGGGACGAGGGUUGGCUAGCCGAACACAUGCUGAUUCUGGGAAUAACGAAUCCAAAGGGCAAGAAACGAUACAUCGCGGCUGCAUUUCCAAGUGCAUGUGGCAAAACGAAUUUAGCAAUGAUGCAACCAACGCUUCCUGGUUACAAGAUUGAGUGUGUAGGCGAUGACAUUGCCUGGAUGAGAUUCGACAAGAAAGGGGUUCUAAGGGCAAUAAAUCCAGAAAAUGGAUUCUUCGGCGUUGCUCCAGGCACAAGUAUGGCGACAAAUCCAAAUGCCAUGAAGACCAUUUUUCAAAAUACAAUCUUCACGAAUGUCGCCAAGACCAGUGAGGGUGGUGUUUUCUGGGAGGGAAUGGAAAAGGAAAUUCCAAAUGACGUCGAGAUUACGGAUUGGCACAACAAUGAAUGGAACUAUGAUGUCAAAGCUCCAGCCGCUCACCCCAAUUCUCGAUUUUGCUCACCAGCUGACCAAUGUCCGAUAAUCGAUCCCAAUUGGGAAAAUCCGGAGGGAGUUCCUAUCGAUGCUAUUCUCUUCGGAGGACGAAGACCACAAGGAGUUCCUCUCGUUUACCAAGCACGCAAUUGGGAGCACGGCGUUUUUAUCGGAGCCACCAUGAGAUCGGAAGCUACAGCUGCUGCCGAAUUCAAGGGCAAAAUCAUCAUGAACGAUCCCUUCGCAAUGCGACCAUUUUUCGGCUACAACUUUGGUCACUACCUCAAGCACUGGCUAAGCAUGGAGAAUGUGGAGAACGCCAAAUUACCCCAAAUCUUUCACGUCAAUUGGUUCAGAAAAGGAGAGAACGGAAAAUUCCUCUGGCCCGGAUUCGGAGAGAAUUCUCGCGUCCUCGAUUGGAUCCUAAGAAGGGUAGAGGGCGAAGACAUCGCUAGGGACUCAGUUAUUGGUCUAAUUCCAAAACCAAAUUCCAUUAAUUUGGAAGGUAUUAAAGAGAACGUCAACAUGGAUGAACUAUUCAGGUUACCGAAAGAUUUCUGGCAAAAGGAAGCCACCGACCUCAAAGAAUAUCUCGAUUCUCAAGUGGGAGACGAUCUUCCAAAGCAGAUCACUUCUCAAUUAAAAAUUCUCACGAAAAACGUGGACAAACUUUAAAAAAUACAAAUUUAUCCUUUUAAUUUAAAAAAAAGGUGAAUCAGUUUUCCUUCGAAUCACUUCGGAUAAAAUUAAAUUUUGUCUUGAUAAUUAAGAAAAUUUGCUUCACUUUUUUUAUCUUUAAAAUUUUGUUAUUUAAUUCUUUCUUUUUCUGAAUGUAAGAAAAAUGCGAUGUAUAUAUUAUAUAUGCACGAUCACUCUUGUAUGAUGUUUGACAUCCUGCAAACGUGUACAUAGUAUUAUAAAAUAUAAUGUAUUUGUAAAUUAUAAAGUCUGCAUUCCAGUUAAAUUAAAAUGCAUUUCGUGUUCGUGUCACAAAUGUGUGGCGAUUUCUCAUUUUGGCGUUCGAAUAAUAAGUGAUGUAAAAAGAAGAAAAAAAAAAGUUUAUACAUUAAGUAAUUACGUUCAUAUACCCAGUCAUUGUCAUGCUUCUAGAAAAAAUUGACAAAUAAAAUUAAUGUAAUUUUUACAAACUGA